AUGAAUGCCUUCUUUGAUGGCUACGUCCAUUCCAAUACCAGCUUGAAGGAAUUUGUGGACCAAUAUGAGAAUGCUUUACGUAAGAAGCAAGCAUACACAGUUGAGAAAGGCAACCAAUUCCGGGACCAAGUAGCCCAAAAGAUUGGGUGCAAUUUGACUACUGGACCGGUAGUGAAUGGGAUUUCACAGUUUCAAAUUGAACAAGACAUUCGAGUUGGAAAGAAAAUAUAUAUAUUUAAGACUUUUACUUUCCUUGUUCAUUUUAAUGAGGAGACAAGAGAAGCUUAUUGCAAUUGUCAAUUUUUCGAGAGUAAAGGAAUGGUGUGCGCGCAUACGAUCUCGGUAUGGUCAAAAAAGAAGCUUGAAGAAGUGCCUGAAAAAUAUGUUCUACGACGAUGGAUGAAAAAUUUGGUGAGGAGUCACACAAAAGUAAAGGUGAGUUAUGUGGAGUGGCAAUGCGAGCCCGAAUUUGCUCGCUUUGAUAGAAUGUUGAAGGUAUUUAAAGAGGCAGCUGAUGUUGCCAUGUAUUCCACUGCCAAUACUGAUAGGAUGGUGGCUAGGUUGAAAGAAAUUAAAGCAGAGAAUGACUUAGACGAUGAGGAGUGUCCAAGCAACAUGCCAACGGUUGGAGAUGUACAAAAUGGUUUGGAAAGGUUUCAAGAUGGAUCAAUUACUGUGGGCGAUCCAAGUAAAGGACCUCGGAUAGGGCGACCGCCGGAGAAGAGAAAGCAAUCAAUGGGUGAGCAAAUUAAUAGGAAGAGUGCGCAAUCAAACAAAAGGGUCCAAUGUAGUCGCGCCAAUGCAAAGAGUAUACCGGAUGUGGAAGUCCACACUCAUGCUACGGGAUUUCAUGAGAUUGUCACGCAAGAGAGUCGAUACGUUACUCCAUCUCAGGGAAGUGUAGGAUAUAUUGGUACGUGA